AUUUCGUUUGUGGGCGGGGCUUCGUCUUCAGUCUCUGCUCUGUCAGAGCUGUUCGUCUGUGUCUGGAGCAGCAGCAUACAGGCUCCAGCCCCGGCUCCCUGCUGCUUACACCGAGUCAAAAUGGCCGCCAGCAGCUGAACAUGUGACAGGAAGCUAAAGUAACAAGUCGACUCUGUGAUCAUCAUGUCCCACGCCAAGCACCUGCUGCCGAUGUCUUCCACUGCGGUGGAUGUUUCACUGCAGAGGAUGCCCCGCCUCCUUUUUCUUCUUCUUCUGGUCUUGCCGUCACUCGGCCCGGUGUCGGCCACAUCACCACUCACUGUGGCAUUGUGGCGUCGUGGCAACCGAGUCUCCACUAUCAGCGCCUGCCACCGACUGGAGACAGCAGACGGAGGACUGACGGUCCGCUGCAGUGGACUCAGACUGACCCAGGUACCCAUCAGCCUGUCUAACCGCACCACUCGUCUGUUUCUGAAUAAAAACCUGCUGACCUCUCUGGCGACCGACGCGUUCUCCAGUCUGUUCCUGCUCGAUGAGCUCGACCUGUCACAUAACCAGCUCUCCUCACUUGAAGAUGGUUGUUUCCGUGGGUUGGACUCGCUUUCCUUCUUGGACCUGUCGUACAACCGCCUGUCCACGCUGGAGCUGCCGGUGCUCGGCGGUCUGCAGAUUGAGGCCAACCUCACACAUAACCCCUGGCACUGUGACUGCAGGAUGGAGCUGUCCAUGCCUCAGUUGGAUCUGGACCUGACCUCACUAGCAGAAGUUGUCUGUGCAACCUCUGAUCUCCCAAACCUCGGAGCUGUCGGGAUACCACUGGUCGUGCUGAUGGAGGACUGGGAUCUGUGUUUGUCUGUGAGGAGAACCACUGAUGUGGUGACACUCGUCACCAUGUUCCUCUGGCUCUUCAUGCUCAUCUGCUACCUGGCCUACUACAUCCGCCAGAACCAGGCGGUCACACGCCGAAACCUGGAGUACCUGAAGUUACUGGAGAGCAAAAAUCCUUAUAAACCCAAAAAGACAACUUCAUGAUGACCUUUUGGAAUUCCUGAACGCCUGUAAUUUCACCAAAGAGCUAGAGUUACCCACAGCUGUAUUUUCCCUCAAAGACAUCCGGAAUGACUUCCAGAGCAAUUUCUUUGCCACAGGUGCCCACGGGACUCCGGGUACCUUCUGAUCAGUUGCUCCCCUCCAAAAGUUACAAAAGCACAUAAAGGACUCCUUAAUAAUGUAAUGCAAUACCUCACUGACACUCAGCAUCUCUAAGGAACCACAAAGCUUCUCUAGAACGUGAUCAUGUACUUCUAGGUCUUCCUCUGAGAAACCUGUAACCUUCUGAAGUACGUCUUCAAAGUGUCCUGUGACAGAUUUCUACAACAUAUUCAAGUCCUCCUAGAACCUUGUCAGUCUCUUCACAAGCUCAUAAGCCCUUCACAGGGACUCUUAAACUUUCCUGUGACUUCCUUGUAGAGACUGUUUGUUCUCCUAGAUUGAUGUGAUCUGAGUUUCUCAGAGAUGUCUGAUACUAGUUUUCCACCGACAUGGUCCCGGUGGUGGUGCAGAUCCAGUUUGGUCUUGGUACCUUAUCAGAACCAGCCUACAUUGCUGGCUUUUUGGUACCAGUUCAGACUUUUUGCAGGAGAAACACGUGAAACUGGAUGCUGGCCGUGCUUAGGAAACAUGAAAAGCUGCAGUAGUGUCUGUUCACCUGGUUACUAACAAUAAACAAAAGUCCUCAAAGUUUGUUCUGCAGUUUUGUGUAUAGGAGCUAUUUUCUUUUCUUCUGAACUUCACCAACCACAGCAUGGCUGUGCAGAAGAACGUGUAGGUACACAAAGACUACCCAUGCUCACAUUUCACUGUGAGGGGGGCCCCUUCACCUGAGAGGUGAUGCUGCUGUAUGGGCAGAUUGUGAUUUUGAUUUUGGGCUGACCUCUCUGUGAGGCAGCCGCAGGGAUGCGUGAGAACGUAAAACUGCUCACUGAGAGGUUACUGAGGAAGUUCUAGGAUCCUUGGAAGCUCUUCCUCAGGUGGCUUCCACAGUCAGGACCGCCCUGAGUGGUUUUUACACCAGCAGGGGAAAUAUUUUUCUUUUUAAUAAAUGAAUCAUGACAAGGUAACUGUUGUUGCUCUCCACAUGAAGGUUUUGUGCCUUUGCAGCGUGACGUCAGCAGAGACAGAUGUAAAAUCACAGGACGGUCGUUUGGCUGUGAAGCUCUUCAGGAAGUACUCUGACCUUCCUGACACCACCAUGAGAUUUUCUUAAUAUAAUGUCAUUGGUCAUCAUCCUAUGGUUUCACCCACACAAAGACAUAUUGGGCCUCGAAGUUCUAGAGAAGCAUUUUGGCAGUGUUGGGGAGUAACAGCAUACAUGUACCACCGUUACGUAUUUAAAAUACAAAACAUGAGUAACUAUAUUCUGUCACAGUUACCGUUUAAAAUACAGUUACUUUGUUGAAAUAAAUGGAUUACACGGCGGUCUUUUCCUGUUUCAUAUGUCAGGCUAUGCCCUCUCUAUUUUUGGUAAUUCCUCGCCGGUGGAAACCCAAACAAAACGCGCAUUAAGAGGCUCAAAUGCCCGUGUCUCAAUCUCACGGCCCAUAUCAUCUCUACUUGCGGCACGCAUAAUGACUGUUAGAAAGCCCACUGUUUACACGUUAUUUGCUUGGUUGAAGUGUUAUGGUUUGUUUGUAGAUAGUGUUUGCGCUGUGGAAAUUGAUAUGUCCUACGUCAUUGAACUCACCAUAUCUAUGCUGACGCUCCUUGAAUGCACCACUCUGUGCCGUGUGCUGCUAGUCUGCCUUUGUAGCUGCUGAUAGCCAGCAUUGUUCCUUGUGUCCUCUCAUCAGCAUCUCGUGGGUUUUGGUUUAUUGCUGUGUGUGAAUGCCAGAAGGUGGGUUCUGUUUACAUGAUGUUCUGUAUGUCAGAUGCUGUUGUGUGUAUUUGUUCCCUCGUGACUAUGCUAAUGUUAUCCUAUGCUAAUAUGCUAAUACGCUAAUAAGCUACUAAGUUAGUUAAUGCUAAUUAUAAAUCUUGUGUAAUUGUUGAAGUUGUUAUAUAUGAGUGUUAAAUACAGUUCCUUGUGCUAUCUCUGUGCUAGAAUAAUGUCUGGGCAUGUUGAAUGUUUUAUGUGUGCUGUACUGAUAGUUGCUUUAUGUAUCGUUAUUACAGACCACAGUUGAAUAAAUCUGCUAAACUUGGAAGCUGCCUCCGUGU